AUGGACCUCUUGCCAGCUAAUGCCAUCGCCACCCUUAUCAUCAAGAACGCUGUCGUCGGCCACGAUGAGUACGUCCUCGAGCUCAAGCGCUUUGAUGUCCCAGACAACUUCGCGCGCCCGUCUUUCAAGCUCCCGCCAAAGGGCAACGUCACGCUGUCAUGUGCGCUUGACGAUUGUAUCGGGCAUGGAAGUAGCGGUGUCGUCUUUGGCACGAAAUCGCUAGACCUACAAGCCCCUGCAGACGGCGCAGGUCAUGGUCAUGCACUUCUGCCGUUGGUCUUGAAGAUGGGCAGAAAAGAGCGGUGUGCGAAUCUCGUGCACGAGGCCUGGUUCUACGAGGAGAUGGGCGUUGCCAUCCCGCGGGGCUAUGGCCUUUUCUUCGUCAAGAUUCCUGACCGCGAGAUCCGGUCGGGUUUUCGCCCGUGGCAGGGGGAGUACAUUGGCGACUACAACCCGAAACCAAAUACAACGCCCGACGAUGACGACGAGGCAAUGGCAGAGCUCGUCUGGAGGCGGAAUAUGCUUUUCGUGCUCGUCCUGGAGCGACUGGAGGGCGGUUGCCUUUAUUAG